AUGUCCACCGCAGGACACGGCACGUAUUCGGCACCGCCUCAAGUUCACUCGUUCGAUGGCCUCCUUUUCGACUUUGACGGAACGAUUGUAGAUUCUACGGACGACCCCAAAGUCAUUCUGGCAACCUCCCAUGGGCGGAGGAGUAUCGACACCCUAAAACUGUAUGACCCUAGCAAAGCUAAUUGGGAUUAUGUCAGUCAAAUUGAAGGGAGAAUCCCCAAAGAAUACGGCGCAGAUGCGGUUGAAAUUCCCGGGGCGCGUGACCUCCUCAAGACAUUGGAAGAUGCAGGUGCUCCCUGGGGGGUGGUUACAUCCGGAACGCGUGCUCUGGUCGCCGGCUGGCUCGACGUUUUGAAGCUCGCGCAUCCCAAGUUUCUUGUCGUUGCCGAGGACGUGGAGCAGGGCAAGCCGGAUCCUCAGUGCUACCUGCUUGGUCGCUCCCGACUGGGCCUGGGUGAGAGUACGUCUAUCUUGGUGGUCGAGGAUGCGCCCUCGGGUAUCAAGGCUGGCAAGGCUGCGGGGUUCAAGGUCGUUGCUUUGGAAACCACGCACACCAUCCAACAGCUAAAGGACGCGGGAGCGGACUGGAUCGUCAAGGACCUGAGGAGUAUCGGCCUGAAAGCGGUGAAUGGUAAGGUGGAAAUCGAAAUCAAGGACGCGCUGCAAGAAUAA